AUGGCUAUUCGUAUCUUAGUUGGAGUGAAACGUGCUAUUGAUUAUGCCGUUAAAGUUCAAGUUAAAUCAGACAAAUCGGGAGUGGUUACAGAUGGUGUUAAACAUUCGAUGAAUCCAUUUGACGAAAUAGCUGUUGAAGAAGCGAUACGUUUAAAAGAGAAAAAAGUAGCACAAGAGGUCAUUGCUGUUUCAUGUGGCCCACAACAAUGUCAGGAAACACUUCGCACAGCUUUGGCACUGGGUGCCGAUCGUGCAGUACACGUUGAAGUAACUGGCAAAGAUUAUGAAAUGUUACAACCAUUGGCUAUAUCAAAAAUUAUUGCAGCUAUUGCUAAAAAGGAGAACGUUGAUUUGAUAUUAUUAGGAAAAUUGGCCAUCGAUGACGAUUCAAAUCAAACUGGACAAAUGGUGGCGGGAUUAUUAUCUUGGCCUCAGGCCAUGUUUGCAUCAGAAAUCGAAAUAAAAGACAAAAAAGCUGAAGUAACACGUGAAAUUGAUGGUGGUGCAGAUACAGUACGCGUUAAUUUACCAGCUGUUAUUACGGCUGAUUUAAGAUUAAAUCAACCACGUUUUGCCAAUUUACCAUCAAUUCAGAAAGCAAAAAAGAAACCGUUAACAAAAAUGACACCGAGUGACUUGAAUGUUGACAUAAAACCUCGACAAGAGUAUUUGUCAUAUGAAGAACCACCAAAACGUCAAGGUGGUGGAAAACCACUUGCCAAUGUUGAAGAACUUGUCAGUAAAUUGAGACAAGCUGGUGUUGUAUGA